GUUUAAUUUGUUUUAGAAUCGUAUAUGACAGAUCACAAUUGGGAAAUACUAGGCAAAAAACUUGAGAAGUGCAAUGUGCCAUCGCAAAGUUUCUCUCUGAAGAUACAUGGUUGAUCCACAUUUUUCUGUUAGUUGAUGGAAAAUGAUCUGACGCCAUCUUGUGGCCAGUAGACAGCAGCAUUAUAGUUGAUCAAUGACGUAAGCUUUUUGGCGGUGAAAAUGUUGAGAAUGGAAGGCUUAACUACAACUCCAAGCACAAACACUAGUAAGGAAUUACUUUCCUCUGGAUCCCAUGUGUUUAGGAAGCCUUUUCACUGUCUGAAACAUGCAGUCAGGCACUUAAAGGAGACGCAGCUGCUGAAACCGCAUGCGAACAGAAAAUGGGCAGCACAUGCAUCUCAUUUACAACGUCUCAGUUUGGAUAAUAGCAUGUCUGGUUGUGAAUAACACGAGGAACGAUUCCCAGUGAGACCAAAAAUGAACAUCAAAUCAGAACAAGACUGAUUUUAUUAGUAGAAAAAUACCAAACCAUUGAAGCUAUUUCUUUUCAUUCAAUAAACGCACAAUGAUGAACAAAAUUAGCACAACAAUGGGCCAAAUAAAUGCUGAAAUCAUAAAGCUGGAAGAUUUUGCGUUUAGGUGUUUGACACCAAACACCAAAGACCAGGUAAUCACCAGAUUAUGUGGUGAAUCUUAUAAUUCAAAAGGUAAUCAUAAGAUUACCUGGUAAUCUUUUGAUUACCAUAAGAUAUUAUGUUACUCCAAAUAAAAUUGUGAACUGUAACUAUAACAAAAUUUUUCAUUUUCUGUUAGAUUCAAAAGUUAUUUUGCUAUCAGUGAACCUACACCACAUUUUUUAAAAUAUAUGUUACAGAACUGGCAUGUCAGACCUUUUAAAAAAAUAACACAUAAUCAGCCAGGAGAAGACUGUACGCUAAAAGAAAUCUCAUGUCUGAAGUGCAUCUGUGUGGGCAGAGUCGCAGGAUGUAAGCAGCAUGCUUUGAGAUAAGUGAGGAGGGGAAAGAGCAAGUGUUUAUAAAGAGGGGAGAGUGGGAGCGACAGAGCACAGAAGGGGGAGGGUGGGAGAUUUGGAGAGUCGGAGAGAGAGGGAGGACAAGCGGGUGGGUGCUGUAAAAUCCGUUAACGGGGGAGCUCUGUGCAUUUGUUAGACAUCUUGGCUGCCUGCCCAAAUUGGCUCAUUGUAAGCGAGGCAUGAUCGUAAACGGGAGGCAGCCCUCUCUGCUGCCUCGGCUGCCCCGCUCCCGGACCCAGCCCGGCUCCCACUGUUGACAUGGAAAGACCUACCACCAGCAACAUGAUGCCCAAAAGGGAUCAGGAAAGAGAUCUGGAGCUGGACAAGAAGAUUGAGGCUCUCCGCAGGAAGAACGAAGCGCUCAUGAAGAGGUACAAGGAGGUGGAAGAGGACAGGAGAAAGGCAGAAGAGGAAGGAAUGGCGCUGCAGAGCCGAAAAGGAAAAGCUGAUGACCUCACCAUCACAAUCAGCAAGUCCAUGGAUGAGAGUCGCGUGGUGGUAACAAAGCCUUUUGGGAGUGGGUCUCCAACUGGAACAGGACAGCAGGAGGGUGGGGCUGACAGGGUGGGAGAAGGGUCCACUCAGGGGACUGGGCGAGGCUCCAGGAAGCAGCUGACGGUCACAAUGGCUGGAAAAAAGGGUAAAAGGGUGGUGAGUGAAAGGCCAGAGAAGCAACUGGGCCCCACAGAUGUCAAGAGCCCCUUGGAUGAAGGACAGACGAGGCAAGUGGAGUCAGCUGGGAGAGGAAAGCAGCUGUGUAAGAUGACUAAGCGGGAAUCAUCAUCAUCAUCAUCAGCAGCAGCAGUAGCAGCAAAGGAGGAGAUUAAACAGGGGCCGAUGAACGCCGAGGAGCAACACAAGGAUACAGAGCAACUGCAGGAGCCUGAGAGCCCUCAGCCCAGCACAGAUCUCAACAUCCCAACAUCAAGGGAGGAGCAGGAGGAGUAUCUACGGUGGAAGAAGGAACGUGAGCAGAUUGACAGGGAGAGAGUGGCGCGCCACAAAAAUGCAAAGGGGCAGUGGAGACGUGCAUGGGACAUGGACAAAACCGAAAACAUGUUUUCAGACAAAUCUCUUUCUGAUAGAGACUGGGCAGCUUCGGCUAGAGUAGUUCCAGGAGGACGGAAUGCCAGAAGAGGUUCGAAGGCGGGUUCGAAAGGUCACGAAAAGCGAGGCAAAGACAAGGCAGCUAAAAACGUGCUCGUGAUGAGCAGUAAAGCAAAAGGCAAAGAUCGAUUAACUGGGAGGGCCAGGAGAUGGCAGGAUAAUGACGAUGGAGAGAAUACACAGACUACUGAAACAACACUGGAGGAAUUCCUUGAAGAACUCGAUGCUCUAACAGAUGCUAACGAAGGGAAUCUGAAAGAUCAAGACUCAAAAGCAAAGCCAGAUCCCUUAAGUGCACCUGAAGAUUCUGAUAGCUUGAAAGAGGAUAAAGUUACUCAGAGGAAAGCGGCAACCUCAUCCCCUCGAGGACUAGAGAAGAAAGUACGUUUCUCAGAGGAACUCAUCCAGAGGGUUCCCGCUAAGCAAACUACAACCUCUUUACAUUCUGCAGCUCCGGAAUCUAAAGGCUCUCUGAAAGCCUCCUCACCAAAUCACAGUGAGGUGCAGAGGCCACAGCUGGCUUGUGCAAGUGCAGAGCAGGAUGGUAGUAGUUCCCAGGAUAAAGGAGGGGGUCUUCCUUCUCCUUCUGUUGCCCAGCAGCAAGCAUCUAAAACUGAAAAUGUUAAAAAAGACACCAGCAGCCCUGAAGUUUCCAGCGUUACUUCUGUUGAAAAAACCAGCACCUCUCCACAUGAGAGCCCUGUCCAGCCUGUAGAGGAGUCCAAGUGCAACAGCAGCAGUAUGAACACAGAAGAACUGAAAGACUCUACUCUGUCUGUCCUGAGAAUAGAUUCAGGAGAGUCACACCCAGCACACUCCACCAGCAAUGACAAGGCGAGAGAGCAUGGGAAGGUUGUUUGACAUUUUUGGAGCAUCAGUCCUGAAACCAAAUCGCUGCGUUUGGAUGCUUUUUGCUUCAGUGGCCUCCAAGCUAAAAACCAACCUUUCAUUUUGCAGCGGCGAGACCCUACUACUGAAUCUAAUUUCUGACACCAGUUUAGGAAGUGUUAUUGAGCAUUUCAAAUAUUUUUACAUCUAAGCACUUUAUGAGUAUACAGGACUGUUUACUGAGACAUUCUUCAGUAUGUUAGUAAGCUGCUUGAGUGCAAUAUCUUUGAAUGUUUACAUUUGUAUGUAGAGUUAAAGGUACAUAUCUGGUGGUUAGCUAGUCAGUUCAACUUAGCUAGUUUUUGACAGUAAAUUAAGCCACAAUUAAAUAAUAGUGCCUGAUUUAGCCUUAGGAAUUAUUUUGACUAAAAUAUUAUUUAACUUCAGACACAAAACAGUCUUAAUUUCUACGUUCAAUAAAUACUAGGAUGUUAUUUGUUGGCUCCUUUCAGAACAAAACCUACAACUUUGUGCAUCUGCAAAGUGAUCUGGUUUUACAGUUUUCUGACAAGAAUGUUUUACCAAGAAAACUUGAAAACGGGACUUUCUGGUUAUCUAAAAUGGUUUAUUUUGUUCUAGCUUGAGAUUUCUAGCCUAGGGCAAUUGUAAAAAACAAAAACAAAAAAACAGGAUUACCAAACUCUGACUCUCCCAACAUGGCAGCUUUAUAGGAACAGUUAUGUUCUUGAAAUGAGGUCCUAGUAAAAGGUUGUAAGCAGUUAAUGUUAGGCUACCAAACAUGGCACUAAGCAUCUUCGUUUGGCAUAAAUCUAGAUGAGGUAGACCAGGAGACCAAAGGUAACAGCUAGUUCAAGAGGAAGCCAGUAGAGGCUAUAAAUAAAGGCUUUUUGGAAGUUGCCCAGGGCAGGAUUUACAAAAUAACAGUGAUUUAUCUGUCGCCCCAUGUUCACUGUUGAGAAAAAGAAGAGUAUUUUAUGCGACUAAAGCAAAGCAUUUUUUCCACACCCAAAAUUUUACUGAUUUUAAUGAGUGACGAACCCCACAGCCUACUUUAUGUUUAAGUGGCAAUGUCAGAACUACUGUAUAUGUCAAUGAACAUUUGAACUUACAUAUUUUUUGCAUUGGGUGUUUUGUUUUAUUUUAUUUUAUUCUUUUUCAUAAAGAAGCCAAGCAAUUAUUUUUUAUUAGAAAUUGAAGUAGGAAAUGGAUGAAUUUGUAAAGUAACUGAGAGAAGCUGUCUGAUAUAAAAGUGAUGGAGUGUAUAAAUCAAUUUAAUAGCAUGCACAGAUUUGGAAUCUCCCUUCACUCCCAUCUCUGUGUGUAGCUGGAAAGUGAGUGAUGUCGGAGUGUGGAGGAAAAUCAAGACAAAACAUUGCUAAAACUAAAUGAUGAUGCAGAAUGUAUAAUACAGGCUCAUUCAGUUUCAUUAGACUGGACAGAACAUUUUGAUUCUGCGUUUCAUUUUUCUUCUUGACAUCUUUUGGUCUGGGUCAGUGUCUAAAGCUCCGGGAGCCUACUGCUUCCAGGGUUGAAGACCUCAGCUGACAUGUAGCCAUGUCCAUUUUCAUAGCCAGUAAGGAAAAGGAAACAUAUUAUCGUUUUCUUCACCUUGUUUAAAGUCAGAAAGAAUGAGGAGAAUGAAAUGCAAACCAAACAGUAGAUAAGACUCUGAGGGUGGAGCUGCUUUCCCAUUCAAGAUCUCACACAUAUGCUCUGUCUGGCUUGAAUUGCUAUGGAAUAAAAUAAUUCAAUUACUGUAGAAGUCCAGAAAACACAUUUUCAUUGUAAUUAGAAGAGAGACAUAAAAAGCAUGUGCAAUGUUAAAUUGCUGGUGUUCAUUUGUACAAUAAGACAUCCAAAGCAAACGAUCAAAGCUCUGAAAUUUGUAUCGGCAUUAACUGAUUAUAAGGUUUUGAGACUGGAGUUUUGUACAAAUGUUGUCUUUUUGUUUUCAGCCUCUAAGUCCUACUAACCUCCAUUUAUACUAAAUGAAGAUGCUAAGAUAAUUAUCUACUGCCAGUAAGAUAUUAACUGCUGAUAACAUUUUAAGGGAGUUACACUUUAAAAAUAUCAAAGAGUCCCUUUAAAUGCAUGUUUUAGUCUUGGUGUAAUAAAACUGAGGCAUCGUACCGUAAGUGCAUUUUUUUUUUUUUUUUUGCUAAUUAGUUUUUUCAGCAAAGGGGGAUGAAACUGUUUUUGAAUGGUUUAUUUCAACCUUCUCUCCAACUUUACACCAAAUAUGGUAUUAUUACAAUAAUAUUUUCCCUUAUAGACUGAAGGAUUUGCUACUCUGACAGUGUUGCAGGUAUUUCAUUAACACUUUGUAAAAUAUAGGCCUGGUUAACCCAUUAGCUAUAAACAUAGAAAGAAACCCAGGUGUUACACAAGUUUACAAGUCAAUCUCAAUAAUUAAGUGACAUUUAUAAUACAGAAUAUGCCUGGCCAUAAUUCUGACCUAAAUGAAACUGACUUUGGUCACUAAAACACAUUUGUUUUUGAUAUAUUUGAUAAAACAGUUUCUUUUAAAAAGUCAGAAUCAUGAUACAAUCAGAUCAAAUAACUUCUGACCCUUUUUCUUGACUUGAGGUCUUGUGUGACAAACUUACUUCAGUCAGAGCACUGCGGUUCUGCAGACGUACCACUUUAAUAUUGUUCCGCCAUUUAUUCUGUAUUAUAACUUUUAUGGAAAGCUCACAUUUUUCAGAAAGCUGAUCUCAAUGAAGAAAUGACCCAGUUCUUGUGCCUUGUUCUUUGGAUUCUUCAGAGACUGAAGGUGUAUUUUAAAUUCAUGGUUUGUAUCAUAACUAUCACAUGCAGCUGCAGUUAUUUUAUUUAUUUGCCUUAUGUGCAGACAUCCGAAUGUUCCUUGCGAAUCAAAAAAAUCGCUGUCUCCCUGUGACCAGCGUGUGCUUUUUUGUUUGUGUUUAUUGCCUGUCAGCUGUGUUAUUUUUGGUAUCACAUGAUAAGAAGCCUUACAAGAACACUGUCCUCAGAAAUGUUUGUGGCUUCCAUCAGAGCUGCAGUAUAGUAAACAGUUAUAUAACCCUGAGUGGAGAACACAGUAGACCUGAUUUGUGUGAGGCUGGGAGACUAUGAACUUUAGAUGAAGUUGCAUAAAAAAAACUAAUAGUCUGAAAUCUGUUGUAACAGCAAGAUGGAUUCAAUCCAUUCACGAGGACACAACAGGAGGCCUUAAUUUUCGUACUGAGAAGAUGGUACAUUUCUUGCAAAGGAGCAUCUGUUUGAAAAACAGGCGACCUUUGAUGCCUUUAAAACUCCCUGUGGGAUUCAUUGUAAAAAGAUGUUUAGGGUAUACGAUCCUAGAGUAGUUGGGUGUUACAUGUCCUUGUUAGGUACUUUCAAGGUAUUACUUCAUAAAGUGACUAAUGUAGGAGGUUAUUGUUCACCUUGUGUGUGCAUCGCUGCCCUCUAACUUUUCACAUACAAAAAUAAAAUGGUUGUAUGACUAUU